AAUAAAACCGAGCUGUAACUAGAACUCCCCCUUCCUCCGACAGGCUUUUUUCCGGUCACUCGCUCUUUUUUUUUUUUUUUUUCUGUAAUAAUCGCUUUAUAAUAUACUAAUUAUGUCAAUGCACUUUCUUUAAUUUUAUCCUAUCUUUAUAUUCCAUUCAUUCUAGGGUUUUUCAAUUCCUCCCCAAUUUCACUUUCAAGUUUUUUUUUUUAUGAUAAUUUGUUAGGGUUUCUCUACAUUCUUCUUGAUUUCGCCCUAAAAGAUUCCUACUUACCCGUUCUGAAUCUGUCUUAAAUCUUUUGAAAACUAUAAUCGUUCGGAUUUUAUUUUUAUUUUUUUUGUUAAUGUAUCUGGAGCUGGUUUUUGGAUUCAAGUAUUUUACAGGUUAGAUUCGAGUUCUCACUUUCUAUCUAUUUCUUAGGGUUUCUGGGAUUGGGAACUUGAAUCCUUGCUCUAUUUAGCUUCUUCAACGGUUUAUUUCUUUACUUUCUUUUGUUUGUCCGGUAAAAUUCAAAAUUUUGGCGGUUGAUUUUGCUAGGGUUUACCUACUUCAGCUGAAUUUUAGAAAUUGGGAUCAGGUCUUACAAGUAGAGAAAUUGAAACCCGGAAUUUGAAAUCUCAACCUUUUUUUUUUGGUUUUAUCUCCGUUUUUGGACAAUUUGGCUCAGUUUCUGUUGGAAAACUUGGAAAAAAAGAACACAGAAGUCAAAAUUUGAACCCUUUUUUUGUUCAUUCUGUUUUAUCUCUGUUUUUGAUACUGUGAUCGAAAAAAUAAGUAAAAGAGCAAGAAGAUGGCUUCGUAUAGGCCAUUUCCUCCUCCACAAUCAUUCCCUCCACCACCGCAGAAUCAAAACCCUCUUCAACCCCAACAACAACAGCAACAGCAGUAUGGUCAAAAUUACAAUCACAUGAAUCCAAAUUCGAAUUACGGUUACCCUCCUAGACCACCCCAACAACCACCACCACCUCCGCCUCCACAACAGCAAUAUUCUUAUCCUCCUCCACCACCGCCUCCAGAUUCUUCUUAUCCACCUCCCCCACCUCCUCCUUUGCCUUCAAUGCCACAAAAUACGAUCAAUUCACAGCCACCAAUGUACUAUCCACCUUCACAGUAUUCAUCACAGUAUGGUAGUCAAGCAAUGCAGCCACCUCCCCCACCGCCUCCUCCGGCUUCUCCGGGUUCUUCAAUCCCUCCACCACCACCUCCUCCGAGUUCUCCUCCUCCACCACCUCCUCCAAAGGAGAAUGCUGGGAAAACGGGGUUGAAUGAGCGCAAUAAAGGAGGGAAUAGGGACUAUUCAGGUUCUGGAAGGCGUGAACAUGGGCAUUCCAAUCAUGGGGGUGGAGGUAGAGAGCAGAAGCCGAUGGUGCCUCCUGUGAAGAAGCCAAAUGGACCUCCAGGAAGGGUGGAGACCGAGGAGGAGAGAAGGUUGAGGAAGAAGAGGGAGUUUGAGAAGCAAAGGCAAGAGGAGAAACAAAGGCAGCAAAUGAAGGAGUCCCAGAAGACCCAGAUGAUGACUUCUGGGAAAGCGCAUGGUUCAAUUGUAGGGUCACGGAUGGGAGAUAAGAGAGCUACACUGUUUCUGAGUGGCGAGAGGAUUGAGAACAGGCUAAAGAAGCCGACUACAUUCUUGUGCAAGUUGAAAUUCCGGAAUGAACUUCCAGAUCCUAGUGCACAGCCCAAACUCAUGUCUUUGAAGAAAGAUAAAGAUCGAUUUACAAAAUAUACCAUCACUUCUCUGGAGAAAAUGUACAAGCCUAAGCUUUUUGUUGAGCCAGAUCUUGGGAUACCACUGGACCUGCUUGACCUCAGUGUAUACAAUCCUCCUAGUAUUAGACUGCCUCUUGCCCCAGAGGAUGAGGAGCUCUUGCGUGAUGAUGCUGCUAUAACCCCUGUAAAAAGAGAUGGUAUAAGACGAAAAGAAAGACCCACUGACAAAGGUGUUUCUUGGCUGGUUAAAACACAGUACAUAUCUCCACUUAGUAUGGAAUCAACAAAGCAGUCUUUGACUGAAAAGCAAGCAAAAGAACUGCGAGAACUUAAGGGAGGCCGCAAUCUUUUGGUGAACCUUAACAACAGGGAAAGGCAAAUCAAAGAAAUUGAGGCAUCAUUUGAGGCAUCCAAAUUACGUCCUGUCCAUGCAACCAAUAAAAACUUGGAGCCUAUUGAAGUUAUGCCCCUCUUACCCGAUUUUGAACGGUACGAUGACCAGUUCGUUAUGGUGGCAUUUGAUAAUGCUCCUACAGCUGACUCAGAAAUCUUCAGCAAGCUGCAUGGCUCUGUACGUGAUGAACAUGAAUCGAGGGCCAUUAUGAAAAGUUAUCAGGCAUCGAGCUCAGAUCCUGCUAAUCCUGAGAAAUUUUUAGCAUACAUGGUGCCGUCUCUUGGUGAGCUAUCGAAGGAUAUGUAUGACGAACACGAAGACAUCACAUAUUCUUGGGUUCGAGAAUACCAUUGGGAUGUACGCGGCGAUGAUGCAAAUGACCCAACGACAUACCUUGUUUCGUUCGAUGAAGGAGAAGCUCGCUAUGUGCCUCUUCCCACGAAGCUUAAUUUAAGAAAAAAGAGGGCCAGAGAGGGAAGAUCAGGUGAUGAGAUUGAACAUUUUCCUGUACCUGCUAGAAUUACUGUGAGGAGAAGACCAACAGUUGCAGCAAUAGAACUCCAUGAGCCAGAGGUUUAUUCCAACUCAAGGGGUGGUAUUUCUAGCUCAAAGAUGGCAAGGCUAGAUGCAGAAGAUGGCCUUGGAAGACCACACAAGCUUUCACGACACCAAGAUAUUGACCAAUAUAGUGGAGCUGAAGAUGAUUUGUCUGAUUGAUGUAUGCAUCUGUAAAUGACGGUAAGCUUUGUUUAGAAGUUUUCGAGGCUUGUGCACUAAACUGACCUUGAGUUAUUAUCUUAAAAGCCACAACCAAAUAAAUCAAAUACAAUGAGAUAUCCCCAUAUUUGUGUUCUCAGAACAUGUUUUUAUUUUUGGGUCUUUGAGUUAAAUUCCAGGUGAAAUUUAGGGUUUUUUUCUUGGAUGCAAUAGUUGAAUGAGUAAUUUGUUGUAUAAAGAUACUUUGAUAAAUGUAAGUUAAAAAUGUGCUGUUUUGAAUGUAUUUUCCCAGAAA